UAAAAACCUCUAACUAGACGACAAAACCCCAAUUCUUGAUUAUGGUGUCGUCGAGUUCUCUAGCGAUUUCUCCGAGGAAGCUCCGGUCAGACCUUUACUCAUACUCUUACCAAGACGGUUCCAGCACACCACUCGUUAUCUAUGUUCUAUCGUCUCUCAUAGAACGGACGUUAGCUCGUAACGAGAGGAUCAGCAGCAGGAGCUACGGUGGUUUUGGUAAGACACGUGUAUUCGACUGCAUGGAAGUUCCUGACAUGACGAUCCAAUCGUAUUUAGAGAGGAUUUUCCGGUAUACCAAAGCCGGUCCAUCGGUUUACGUUGUUGCUUAUGUGUACAUUGACCGGUUCUGUCAGAAUAAUCAAGGUUUUAGAAUCAGUCUCACUAAUGUACAUCGUCUACUUAUUACAACCAUCAUGGUCGCUUCCAAAUACGUCGAAGACAUGAACUACAGAAACUCAUACUUUGCAAAAGUAGGAGGAUUAGAGAGAGAAGAUUUGAACACCUUGGAGUUGGAGUUCUUGUUCUUGAUGGGGUUUAAGUUGCAUGUGAAUGUGAGUGUGUUCGAGAGCUAUUGUUGUCACCUUGAGAGAGAAGUAAGUAUUGGGGGAGGUUACCAAAUCGAGAAGGCAUUACGUUGUGCUGAGGAAAUCAAAUCCAGAAAAAUAGUUCAAGAGCCUAAACAUCACCAUCAAUUUUCCCGAGUCUUGUUGUAGAUCAAGAAGAACUCUGUUUAUUUUGUUUGUUUUACUAUCGAGGGUCUAUGACUUUGUGAUUACCUUGUCGGUUGGGAUUUUCUUGAAAUGUAAAUGUAAAUAGAGAGAAAAUAUAGUGAUUGAUGUUAUAUGUAUCUAUGCAUCAGUAAUGUGAAUUCUUAUAUGUGUACCUGUUGAGGUUUAAGGAUAUAGUUUACAUAUACAAAAUCUUUGUUAAUCUGUUUUUUUUUGUCAUUUACUAGUUUUCUUAGACAUGUGAACUAUGUAUAAACAUUUGUUUAGACACUAGAAUCCAUUGAAUUAGAAAUAUUUUGUCAACUCAAUGUGUGCCCGUGAUUAAUGUAAAGUCUCAGA